AUGUCUUACUUGACAGAGGAGGAGGAGAAGGAGCGACAGCGGGAACAGCAGCGCCGCAUGUCACGGCAGCAGAUCAUAGAGCAUGUCAAGAAAAAUCUCCUCUAUACCGCUUUUGAUGUGAAGUGGGUUCCUCACAGCGCCUGUCUCGCCAUUGUGGGGCAGUAUCCGAACAACCAAGGUGCACUUUCCUUCAUGCAGCUCAACAAGGGUGAGCUCACUGUACGGCAUGAGAUCCGUACGAAGCUUCCGUUGAAGUGCUGCACGUUUGCCCACAACAGCCGCCAGAUGUCCUCAGCUGCUCUUACAAUAGCAGCUGGAGACUUCGCCGGAGGCCUUUCCCUUUGGGAUGUUGAGCGCCUCAGUAGCAGUAGUGGGGACAACGGCAAAUUUGACGAGAAUGAGGCACUCUUUAAGGCACCACGUGCCCAUGAGAAUAUAAUCAACGCGGUAGACGGGGCCCAGUUCACCGGCCCACCGGAAAUUGCGAGUUGCGGUCGCGACGGGUGUGUGAAGGUGUGGGAUGUUCGGCAGGCUGCGAAGCCGGUGGUGGUAUUAAGCCCAGCGGACCCGGCGCGGGCGCGCGACUGUUGGACUGUUCGGCUCGGUAAUAGCAGUGACCCCGACGAGCGGGUAGUAGUGGCAGGGUACGACAAUGGCGAUGUGAAGCUGUUUGACCUCCGCACGCAGAAGAUGCUGCAUGAAUUUAAUGUGGGUAACGGCGUGUGUGAUGUGGAGUUUGAUCGACCCGAUAUUCCCAUGAACAAGCUCAUCGUCUCACUGCUAGAGGGACGUGUGCGCGUUUAUGACGUACGGACGUUACAUCCCACACUAGGAUAUGCCUAUGUGGAAGAACGCGUCUCGAGUGGAACUGUUUGGUGCAGUCGGGCGUUGCCGCAGAAUCGUGAGGUGUUCGCGUGCGGUGGUGGUGGCGAAGUGACGUUGUGCCGCUAUCGGUAUCCCCCUGAGCGGACCCUGCGGGAUAGUGACGGCGUAGCGAAGGGGAUCGCAGGAUGUGUGGAGGAACUGAACAAGGCGAAGGUGGGGGACCAGCCGAUUCACACGAUGGAUUGGAACCGUUCCAAAGAGGGGCUAUUAGCCUGCGCAUCCUUCGAUCAAAGUAUUCGAGUUAUGCUCGUGACCAAGUUGUCGCUCGUACAAUGA